AUGACCGAGCACAAUGUAGUCGCUAAAAUCCUGGGCGAGUUGGGCCUGGCCACCAUGUGGCAGUCAUCGCGCGACAUCAAACUGCUUUGCGCACAGCGCUUCGUGCGCAUGUUUGCCUACUCCGGCUCCACGUUGAUUCUGGUUUCGUAUUUGGCGGCCAUGGGCAAUUCGGACGAUCGCAUCGGCCUGUUUAUGACACUGACCCUGGCCGGUGAUGUCGUGAUCAGUUUUUUUCUCACCCUCUGUGCCGAUACCAUGGGUCGUCGCGCGAUUUUGUCACUCGGCUGCAUCCUCAUGGCCGGCAGCGGGGUUGUUUUUGCGCGAUUUAACAAUUACUGGGUGCUGUUGGUGGCCGCGGUCCUUGGUGUGAUCAGUCCCAGGUAUGUAAUGUCAUGGACUUUUUUAAUGACUGACCAAUGGCUGAUGUCUGGCAGUGGAGGUGAAAUUGGCCCCUUCCGCGCCAUCGAGGAGUCCACGCUGGCGCAUCUCACGCUGGAGGAGCAGCUGAGCGAUGUUUUCGCCUGGUACUCCCUCAUCGGCACCGCAGGCUCGGCCUCGAGCAGUUUGAUCUGUGGAUGGAUCCUGACUUCGCUUCAGUCGACUCACGGCUGGGAAUUCAUCCCUUCGUGUCGCGCCUUCUUUCUGGUCUACGCGGGCAUCGGCGUGGUCAAGCUCCUUCUAACCCUGACCCUGAGUCGCAAAGUGGAAGCCGUGCCGAAAGCAAAGAACCAAGAGUCUCAGGCCCAGACGCUGGAUCAGGGACACGAGAAUUCCGAAACCCGACCGUUGCUCCAGAGCCGGUCUGAUCAAGCCCCGCCAAAAAAGAAGACUUUCUUCCAGUCCAUCGAGAAAGACCUCUGGUCACUCGUGAUCCGGCUGUUCAUCCUGUUUGGGCUGGAUGCCUUCGCGUCCGGUUUGGCAGCGCAGUAA